AAAGGUUUCCACUGCAAGAUAAAGAAAGGCUUCAGAAAUGGACAGUGAACAUGAAACGAGGAGUGUGGCUCCCCAGUAAACAUCAGUAUUUAUGUAGUGAUCAUUUCACUCCAGACUCCUUUGAUGUGCGCUGGGGUAUACGGUAUCUGAAGCACAGUGCUGUACCUACAGUUUUUGCAUUCUCGCAUGAUCGGCAUGGCUCACAAGCAGUACAGGAGGAAUGGUCUAGGCCACAUACAAGAAAGAAAAAAGCAGUGCCAAAGGAAAAGGCAGCUGAUAGCAAUGACAUAAAUACAUUUGUCAAACCUUCUCCUUCAACGAAGAAAAAAUCUUUGCUUUUAAAAAAGCAAGAUGAAACAGAAAAAGCAGCCAGCCCUCAAAUUGAAUAUGUUGAAAAGGAAAACUCAGAGACAGCUUACUCUGUGGAAUCAGAACAAAACUGCCAAAAGGAAAACAUAAAACUAAAUGACCAGGAAGGUGCACAUUCUUCUGAGAUACUUAACACAAAUGCUUCAGCUGUAGACACCACAAACAAUCCACAAGAUGCAAAAGAAGAGCUGAAGGAAAAGUUCAUAUCGGUCAAGUCUGAUCCCCCAUCUGAGAAUGAGUCCACUGAAAAGCAGCUUGAUUCAACGUCUCCAAUCACCUGGGAGUCUGAUGGAAACCGAGCUCCAUAUCACUCUGUUGAACCAACGAAUGAAACUUUAAAUACAGACACCAUUACACGUCCUGUUGGGCAUAAUGAAGAAAUCUGUGCUUUAGUUGAACCACCUGAUACACAGCAGUGCACUGAUGCAGAUCACAUCUUUUUUUCUGAACAUUCGUAUUGCAGACAGGACACUGACAAGGAGCAUCUAUGGAAAAAAAUUGCCAGUCUGCAUGAAAAGAUAACAGAGCUGGAGAAAAACGAAGAGAGAACAGUAGCUAAACUUAACUCACUUGCUAAUCUUAUUACACAUUUAAAGCAGGAGAAUAUUGUUUCUGAAGAGAAGUUGAAGGUUUUGGAAAACUAUUUUACAACGCUUGAGUUUUCUGUGGUGCAAUGAUUUGAAGCAGGAUACCACUGCAUGUUUAAGCAGUGUCCUGUAAGUUGAAAAAGUGAUGAAAUAUCAUUGGAAAUUAAGUUUAGCUGCUUGAUGGUAUUGCAAGCAUUACAUUUCGUACAACUGAAAUGGGUUAUAGCUAAUGCAAUAAUUCUAUUAGUCAUACUUGUUUCCUGAACUUUGAUUUGCUAUUUAAGUCAU